AUGACAGUGGAAGUAUCAUCAUCUAAUCCUAAGAAAGGAGCAUCCGUGGCAUUUCCAGAAAAGGAGCACCCACAGGAAAAGCCUCUAUAUGUUCGGUAUUUGGUGCUUGUCUCCACAAUGCUCUGCCUGACAUCACUCAUGUCUAACGUUGUCUGCUUCAACUUCACCGUUUUAUGUAUGCCAGGAUCUGGAGAAAGCGCCGAACUCCAGGGAAAUCAUACUCAUUACACAGGAUACACUCGUCAGGAGAAAACUAUUUUAUUGAGUACUGUAGCUGUUGGAGCAGUGUUUGGAGUGGUUCCUGUAAUAAUUGGAAUCUCAAAAAUAGGACUGAAGAAAGUGUUUCUCGCUUCCGGAAUAACUGCGACAGUUUCGACAUUUUUGAUUCCGAUUUUAGCCCCGCUUCACUUCUACAUGUUUGUUAUUUUGAGAUUCCUUCAGGGUCUAUCCUAUGCUACUUGCUUCCCAGCUGUGGGAGCAAUCACUUCAUCGUGGGCAUCACUGGCUCAACAAGGUCUCUUCAUUGCAGCUCUCACCACAUUCGGACAGACAUCUUCCAUCUUUUCGAUGCCUGUCGCAGGAGAACUAUGUUCUUCUCAAUUUGGUUGGAAAGCAGUGUUCUAUCUUCACGCUAUAAUCACAUUGAUUGUCUUUACAAUUUGGUUCGCCAUCUUCACAGAUUCUCCAGAAGAUAACAAAUUUGUACGACCUGCUGAGCUAGCUGAAAUUGAAUACAACAAAUCGGAAGAAGCAAUUCACGAUGACCACAAACACAGAACUCCCUAUUUGGAAAUUGCUUCCACUCCUUCAGUGUGGGGAAUUUGGAUUGGAGCAUUCGGAGAUUUGAUUGCUGUUCAACUCAUUCAUAUCUACUCUCCAGUUUUCCUUCAUGACGUCGGAGGCUACUCUUUCGAGAAGACUGGAUUCGCUGCUGCCGUUCCAGUUCUCUUCCAAUUUCUUGUCAAAAUGUUCGCAGGCCAUUCAAGUGACAAAAUUCAUGGCAUCUCUGAAACAACUAAACUUCGUAUUUAUAACACAAUUGCUCUCGGAGCCAGUGCCGUUUUCUUGGUUGCACUUGGAUUUGUGAAACAAGGACAAGGAGUUUUGGGAUUGGUUUUGAUGACGUUGGCAACUGGAAUGUUUGGAUUUAAUGGAGGAGGUUUCAGUAAGUGUUCUGCUCUUGUUUCUCGUCAAUACAAUCACUUCGUAAUGGCGAUUCACCAAAUUCUGAUUUGUUUCUCAAUGAUUGUUUGUCCUCUCAUUGUCUCUUCAAUUCUUCAACAAGGAACCGUCGCCGAAUGGAGAAUUGUUUUCUUCAUUCAUGCUGCAAUUCUUCUCAUUUGCAAUGCCAUCUUCUGUUGGCUCGCAACAGCGAAACCUGCUCCAUGGACAGAUAGAACAAUCAAACAAUCUGCAACAAAGAAUACCCCACUUUAUCAGUCCAAAGUAUAA